AUGGCACUACCUUCCGAUCAUUCUCCUAAGUCAGCCUUCGAGACCAGCCCAACUGGUCAGUUGCAAUUCAAAAAACAUAAAGUACUUCCACGACCUCACUCCGAAAGAAAGUCUGGACUGCCAAUUCGAGUGGCAAGUCCUUUGGCUAGAAACGUUUCGGCCAUCGAUACUUCCCGUUCUGGUAAUGGCAACCAGCCGUCAAGUCCACGAACCCUUAAGCAUCAACCGCGAAGGAUAAGUAGUGGUCCAGAUUUACCACCAACUCCGCCGAGACAUUCACGCCAGCCUUCGGAUAACUCUUCCGGAAAGACCAUCAGUCCAGCUGCGACCGAUGUCGCGUUACGAACUCCCCAGCCGUCGCAUUUACGUCCACCCACGACGCCUCCUAAUCAGAAGAGUCCGCCGACACCCGAUGUGACGCCGCCUCAUUCCACAAGCCGCCCGCAAUUAUUAAGACCUGUUUUGAGAGAUCGUGCUGGAUCAAGCACUACCACCGGUGAAUCUCAGUCUGCAUCUUUUACAACUGCACGAGAAGAGCCUUUAUCAUCCGAGGAUGAAGACAAACCUUUAGUCAAUAAAAAGGCGCGAUCUGCUGUGCGCCAAGUUUCUGACACAAGUGCCCGAAAUUUCAAACCCGAGAGCCUGGGCUUAGCUUUGGGUAAUUUGGCAUCUCGCUCAGAAAGUAGCAGUGCUUCCAAGUCGGUGGGAGGAGAUUGGGGUCACAACGAAAGCGACUGGGGCUCCGUGAGUGAGGUUGAGCAGGAAUGGGACCACAAUCUGCAACGACUGGUGACUGUCAGAAAGCGACCCGAGCCGCCAGAAUUUUCACGUUUAACUCCAACCAGAACGAAGGUUGUUGAGCCCAACAUGAUCACACCGACACAAGCAACUAAGGCCGUGCGGGGCAUGGCUGUACAUCCGAGAACUGAAGCUCUAUCCAUGAGAGGCACUUUGAAUCGCGAGAUUCCUUUGUCCACCUCACCGAGUACUGUCACAAGUUCCGACCCACGCAGGUUGUCGAUCAUCUCUACUAAAUCCACUGUCUCAACUGUUGUGGAGGCCUAUCUUUUGGACACAACUCCCAAAAGACAAAGGACUUUGCGCCAUGUGCGGAAACACACGAUUCUUAGAGAUCCAAUUAAUGCGUCAUCAUCAUCUACAACAGACUCUUUGAGAUCUGACAGAUCGCACAAUGCGCGAAAACACACUAUUCUCAGAGAUCCAGUCAAUGUGUCAUCAUCGUCGACAACAGACUCUCUAAAAUCUGACAGAUCGCACAAUGACUCCCGCACUCGAACACGCGAAAGCCCUCCGAAGUCUGAGAGUCAGCACUCAAACGCGACAGUUAAUUCUAUCUCAAGCGGUAGAGCCCGACGUGAGGUUUGGAAGGCAGGCGGCAUACCCGUAGUUGUUGUGCCGGAUCGGCUGUCCUCUCACAAAACCAAGUCGAGCAGGGAGCCUUCUUUAAGGUCGCAUUCUAGCCGACGAUCGAGCCGCACCGCUACCAGCGUCAGCCCUACACUGAAUGACAAAUCCUCUACAAAGGAUGAGCCACCUAUUGUGCGACGUCAGUAUCGAGGUCGAUCUUACUCAACAUCUGAAAGCUCCGACGAGAGAACUAUGGACUAUCCACCUAUUGUGCCGGCUCGGUCGUCCUCUCUAUCAGCCCCUACCAGCCGAAAUGGUUCAAGGGCCAGUUCUUUGACAGCCGAGAGUAUGAAGCUCCAUAAUGCUUUGCAGGAAUACCUCAACAAAAAGAAAGACGAACCUAAAGUGCCUGAUAUUCUCUUAUCAGAAGAUGCACAUGCGAGGCAGGCGCCUUCUACUGCUUCUGACAGUCAUCGCCGGUUUAGCGCUGAACCUCACGACGAUUUUCUCAACCCUAAAGGAUACGGCUCGCAAAACACUCCAUUUUCGCUGGCUUCCGUCGAGACAAAUGCGACCAAUCCUGUGGUUUCGGAAGCUCUCGCAAUCCAGAUGUACCCACACCAGAAUUCAUCUCUGUUGAUGGUUGAUCAUUCUGCGAAGCCUUCCGAUUCACCGGAUCAGACCCAAGCAGAGUCAGAAGAAGAUUUAGAUGUGCCGAUGCCGACCGAUUCAACGGGAGAAAUCCCUGCCACACCCCCUCAGCCAAAUUUUUCGAUUGAUGAUGUUGAUUCUCCGCUUCGGAAUCCUCGGGCGCCUCCUGAGCCCCCUAGCCACCCCCCAGCCAUUAAUUUCAUACCUGCGACGCCGUCAGGAACGACUCCAGCUCAUGAGAAGAUGGCACUAAUGGGUAACUAUUUCGAAGCGACAAAUGAGAAGCCUCCGCGUCGACCUUCCAUAGUACGCCGUGCUUUCAACCGUACACGACGCUAUUCAGUGGACUAUAUACCACCAGAACGAAGACCUUCAAGCUUUUUCUCGCGAACUUUGUCCCUUUCGCGAACUGGUCGGAUUAAAGGCAUGCCAAGCAUGGAGCGUGAACCGGCAUACCCUAGUCCCGACGAUAGUCCCGUGGAGGAAGACAAGCUGCAUCCUUUUUGGCGCCCUCAGUGGUCGAGCGAGGAUUUUGACGAAUGUGAUGGGGAUUGUGACGACAACUGCGAUAUACAUUGGCGGGAAGAUUCAGCGGAUGAGGUUUACCAAUAUCCUCCAGUCGACAAUCGACCUGUGGCGCCUCAGAGGAGUUUCAGUUCUAGGAUGAAGCGCACGUUUGCUGUCCUUCCGUCUCGUGAUGAUUCUUCCUAUACUAGCUAUGACUGGCCCACCACUGAGCGCCGCACCAUUGGAAGAACCCCUAGCGGUAAUCUUCGGGUCAUGAAGCAUCGCUCGAGUUUUGGAUCUCUACGACAAAGCUACAACGACGACGAAAGACCACAUUCUGCGGAUGGCGAGGUGAAGAAAUCAUUUUGGCGUGCUAAUAGUAUGCAGAGGCGAGCUAUCAAAGAGAAGAGAAGGCUCUCCCUUGGAAGUAAACUGGAGGAGCUACAAAAUCUCCCACGCAAAUUCAGCGAGAGGAGGCGCGAGAAGCGGUCGCAGGAGCUCCGCCAGAAGAUCAGCGGACCAAAGGAAGUGCGUGAUGGGGUAGGAGAUGUGAUUCGAAGUUCAACUCGUGGUCACCACGAAGCCAACGAAACGUCUCGUUGA